GGGCAUGGUAUUUAGAUAAAACAAAACAAAAAUGGCGUCCUCCGGCACACCGGAGAUAGGAGAUUUGCGAAAAUUGACCGUUGUGAAGCUCCGUGAACGUCUUUCAUCAUUUGGGUUGACAACAUCAGGUCUUAAGGCAGAUCUUGUGGAACGACUGCACACUUAUUAUCAAGAGGAAGCUGCAGAGAGCAGUGCACAAGAUGAAGCUUCUGAGAGCCAACCAGGGCCCCCUUCUCUACUCUCCAUACCCACCCAAGAGCCCAAGCGACCCCAACCCCCUGCAACCUCCCCAAAGCAGGACUCUGGCACAUGGGCCGCCCCAGGGCAUGUGACAAGAACCUCACUUCAGAUGAGGCUGCAACAGAUGGCUGGCCAUCAAGACAAUCAGGGUGGCUCCAAACCUGCACAGGCACCCACCACUCAGGCACCUUCACAGCCUCCACCACUGAUGUCACAGCCAGUUGCUCCACCCCAGCCCAGAAUGCCCAAGCCCCCUGGAGAAGGCCAGAUGCGACCAAAUCUGGGCCCACCAGGGGAGCCCCAAUUCAGACCCCCGGUUCGACAACCAGAACCACCAGGAGAAGGUCCCCAGUUCAGACCACCUCCUCCACAGGCUAGCAGGCCAAUGGGUUUUCCUCCAUCCCUAGGGGGUAUGUCAGUCAGACCCCCAGGGGAAGCUCCAUUCAGGCCACCCCAUCCCCAGGGGGGUAUGUCCUCUGGGCCUCCUGGAGACACACAAUACCGUCCCCCACAGCCACCUCAGGGAGUAAUGGCUCCUGGACCACCACACAUGGGCCAGCCACAGCAGAUGCCCCCUCAGCCUCUUAUGGGCGGACCACCAGCUCCACAGAUGAGCCAAGCUCCACCGCCUCAGCAAAUGGUUCAGCCUCCUCAAAUGGGACACCCGGGCCAGAUGUCCUCUUCCCCAGGGCCCAUGGGUCAGAUGCCCCAAGGGUCCCACCUGGGUCCCCCUGCCUCCCAGCCCCCUCCCCUCAUGCAGCAGCAAGUACAGCCACCAAAACAGACUGGGGAUGAGAUGCAACAGAAGCGACUGCUGGAGCAGGAACGCCAGAAAGAGAGGCUUGCCAUACAGCAACAGGCUCUUCUUAUGCAGCAGCAACAGGGAGGUGGUCUAGCACCACCAGGGGAGGGACAAGGUGAGGAUCUGAUGGAGAAAGUCCGCCAACAGCAGGCUUUACUGGAGGAGGAACGACGACGAAGCGAGACUGAGUUACUCCGGCAACAACAGCUCGCCAUUAUGGAGACGCGGGACAGGGAGGAGAAGGAACAAGCUCGCAGGCCACCUCCGGCCUCUACUGGUUCCAGUAUGCCAUUCAGCCAGAGCCCUUCUAUGAUGCAUGGUUCCGGUGGUCCCGGACCUCGGGAGCGGCCCUCUAGCGGGAUCCCACCCCUCCUGCCACCACAGACUUCUACCAGCAACAUUCCCCCACUGUUGCCACCGGACUUAAAUGAGCCGCCCCGACCCCCUAGGGGAGAUGACAGAGGCCCCCCAGGGGAGAUGCGGGAACUUAAGCUGUCAGCAGCCCUGGAGAAGGUACUUGCCUUCAAGGACUUGCGAGCACAGGAAGUGGGCCUCACUGAGGAGGAGAUAGAACAGAUGAACAUGCCUGAUAGAAAGGAAGAGGAGGAGGUAGAUGAUGAGAUUGAGAUGGUGGAGAUGGAGGACCAGGAAGAGGAGGAGCCAGUGCAACAGGAGACAGGCAAGGAGUCCAAAAACAAAAAGCGUAAGAAGAAGAAAAAGAAGUCUCGCAAGAAUCGUCAUGUUCAGCAAAGCCAGACUUUUGAAACACCAGCUGAGGAAUCCGAUGUUCAAAUUGAGUACGUUCCUGAACAACCAGAUUUGGACCCCAUGGACCCCAACUACUUUUAUUUCAGCAAGACAUUUGAGGCAUUCAAGAUCAAAGAUGAGACUAAAGAUCAGCCCAAGGCCAUGGACACUCAGCCUGAGAAGCCCGCAGAGCCAGCCAAGAAAGUCCAUGAUCCUGAUGCUGAUGAUGACUCAGAUGAAGACAUGGAUGAGAAAAACACAGAUGACCGCCCAAAAUUGUCAAAGAAGAAGCUUAAGAAGUUGACUAGACUCAGUGUAGCCCAGUUGAAACAGCUUGUCACCCGGCCUGAUGUGGUUGAGAUGCACGACGUUAAUGCACAGGACCCCAAAUUUUUGGUGCACCUGAAGGCAUAUCGUAAUUCUGUUGCUGUUCCCCGUCACUGGUGCUUCAAGCGCAAGUACCUGGCUGGAAAACGAGGUAUCGAGAAGGCGCCAUUUGAACUUCCAGAGUUCAUCCAGGCUACAGGCAUCACUGAGAUGAGGGCUGCUCUUGCUGAAAAGGAGGACCAAAAGAAUCUGAAGUCAAAAAUGCGGGAAAAGGUUCGACCAAAGAUGGGCAAAAUUGACAUUGACUACCAGAAACUGCACGACGCCUUUUUCCGUUGGCAAACCAAACCCAAGAUGAGCAUUCAUGGGGAUCUCUACUAUGAGGGUAAAGAGUUUGAGACCAGACUGAAGGAAAAAAAGCCUGGCAACUUGUCUGAUGAUCUUAAAACAGCCCUUGGAAUGCCCAUCGGCCCACAAUCAGAGAAGAUUCCUCCGCCCUGGUUAAUUGCCAUGCAGAGAUAUGGCCCUCCACCAUCUUAUCCCAACCUUAAAAUUCCUGGUCUCAACGCCCCUAUACCGGAGGCUUGUUCGUUUGGCUACCAUGCGGGUGGGUGGGGUAAACCGCCUGUUGACGAGACUGGAAAACCACUGUACGGAGAUGUGUUUGGUACAAAAAGUGCCGAGUUUGAGACGCAAGUCAAGGAGGAUGACAUAGAUCAGAGCCAUUGGGGCGAGCUGGAGUCAGAGUCCGAAAGUGAAGAAGAAAGUGAAGAAGAGUCCGAGGAGGAGGGUCCUGAUGAUACAGGCCUGGUCACUCCCGCUGAGGGGCUGGUAACCCCAAGCGGAAUGACGUCAGUCCCUGCUGGUAUGGAGACCCCAGACAUGAUUGAGCUUCGUAAGAAGCGGAUUGAGGAUGCCAUGGAUCAGGGUGGAGAAACUCCAGCCCUCUACCAGGUUAUCCCUGAGAAGAAAACUAGUGUUGGAGGGGCCAUGAUGGGAUCCGCACAUGUUUAUGAUGUGACUGCGGUCCCUGUGGGCGCCAAGAAACCUGGAGAAAAAGGGCCAACAGAAGGAAUUGAGGUGGCCUUGAAUCCUGAGGAGCUUGACCUUGACACAGCAGCCAUGCAGGCCAAGUACGACCAGACACUCAAGGAACAACAGUCACAUCUGGAGAAAGAGGACCUCAGUGAUAUGGUUGCAGAACAUGCCGCAAAACAGAAGAAAAGGAAGAAAAAACAAGAAGAAAGUGGAAAAGCCGCGAAAAAAUACAAGGAGUUUAAAUUCUAGUGUUCAUUUACCGGUAUCAGUGACAUUGCAAAUUUACAAUGUAUGUGGUAUAAAAGUAUCAAUACAAGGAAAUGUUUGUUUCAUAGUGGUCAUCCAAUUAUGUAUGUUCAUUCUCUGUGUCAUAGGAAACUCCUUAUCAUUACCACAUAGGAAACUCUUAAUCAUUUCCUCAUCGAAAAUUCAAUUCUUUGUCAAUAAUUUCACACUUGUAUGAUUAUUACAGGUUUAUUCAUUUUUCGCUGAUGCAGGAACUGUCUACAUUCAGUUGGGAAAUAUUUUGUGGUGGUACAAAGUGUUAUGAAAUAAUGAAAAUCAUUUAUUGAAAUUAAGGAUGAAAUUUAGAAAUAAUAUAGUUAUUAAUAGAACUGCUUUGACCAUGUUUGUUGAUAAAAAAACAACAUAAAAUUUCCUGAGUAUGCAGUUUUUUAAAAUCAUUUUUUUUCUCGCUGAUGAAAUAAAUAAUUUCAUAAG